GUGAAAUCCGCAAGAUAAAUAGAUGAUGUUUAGCCUGAUCCCAGGUGAACACGAAGCAGAAUCACUGCAGAUCACACUGCCUGAGGAUUGUGUCUCAUAUUACCAAAGUCUCGCAAGUGCAGAUAAUGGGGACCAAGGUCCUGAUACCGCUGUGCUCAGACUUCACCGAGAAGCGCGACAGCGUAUGCAUUUUCGGAACAGGGGAUUUUGGUCGAUCACUUGGAUCCAAACUGCUGCAGAGCGGAUAUUCCGUGAUAUUUGGCAGUCGUAAUCCUGGAGACGCCAGCUUACUGCCCAGGGCAGCCGAGGUGCUCGGUCAUACAGAAGCAGCCCAAAAAUCUUCAGUCAUCAUUGUGGCGGUGCAAAGGGACCAUUAUGGUUUUCUGGAGGAGCUCAAAGAUGUCCUGCAGGGGAAAAUACUGGUGGACGUCAGCAAUAAUGUCAAAGUAAACCAGUACCCUGAUUCUAAUGCUGAGCACCUCGCCCAGAUUGUACCCACCGCCACGGUUGUCAAAGCAUUCAACACAGUUUCCGCAUGGGCCCUGCAGUCUGGAGGUCUGGACGCCAACAGACAGGUCUUUGUAUGUUCAGAUGACAAUAAGGCCAAGCAACAGAUCAUGGACAUUGUCCGCGCUAUUGGGUUGACGCCGCAGGACAAAGGAUCUCUAGUCGCGGCCAAGGAAAUAGAAGACUAUCCGUUGCAGCUCUAUCCGAUGUGGAGGCUCCCCAUGUACAUGUGCGCAGGGCUGACCGUGCUGGUGUUUCUGUACUGUGUCGUAAAUGACAUUGUCUACAACGCGGAAAAAAAAAUUGACGUCUCCUUUCUAUUGAUGAUCACCAUCCCGAACAGGAUCUUCCCCGUCGUCUCGCUGAUGCUACUGGGCUUGUGUUAUCUUCCAGGGGUGUUUGCUGCCAUCAUUCAGCUCUACAGAGGAACCAAGUACAGCCGCUUUCCAAACUGGCUCGACCGAUGGAUGUUAUGUCGUAAGCAGCUGGGGCUGGUGGCAUUGUCCUACGCGUUCCUCCAUGCCAUUUACACCCUUGUGAUUCCGAUCCGGUACAGCGUCAGGCACAGGGGAGAUAUGAGUAUAAUCAGCCAGAUAAAAUUGAAUAAAACCAGAAUUUUAGAGAAACCCCUGAUUUGGAGAAGUGAUACCUAUUUAGCACUAGGAAUCUUGGGAUUUUUCUUCUACAUAGUUCUGGGAAUAACAUCGCUACCAUCCGUCAGCAAUGCAGUCAACUGGAGAGAAUUCCGGUUUGUUCAGUCGAAGCUUGGAUAUCUGACCCUACUGCUGUGCACUGGACAUGCGAUGGUCUAUGGCUGGGACAGGUUCCUCAUACUUACUAGAUACAGAUGGUAUAUGCCUCCUGUGUACAUGCUCUCGCUUGUCAUCCCAUGCACUGUUCUUGUACUCAAGCUCCUUCUUAUAAUUCCGUGCAUUGAUAGCAGAAUAACUAAAAUACGUCAAGGAUGGGAGAGAUCUUCUUCAAGCAAAAAAUCUGAAGCAAAGUUAAAAUCUUGCAGCGUUGCUUUUUAGUGCUAUUUUACAGACAUAGACUGGUUGAUUCCUGAUUUUUUGGGACUGAGCAUCCAAACCCCUACAGCCAUAGAGUUUAGUUAUUAAAGGCUUUCAAAACCUUU